AUGGCGGACCUCUCACAGGUCAAGCCCUGCGUCAUCUUCCCAAACGGCUUCCCAGGUGUCGGCAAGCUCACCAUCGCUCGCUCCAUAGAAGAGAAGCUCCAACACUUCCGCAUCUCUUCCAGGCUCGUGGACACUCAUCUCCUCGACGACGCCGCGAAAGCCAUCCACCCUUCUACGCCACGCAAAGGCAGCGACAAUGUUCAACAGGCUGUUCUGUUGGACCGCUUGCGCAUGGUUGUUCUCAAAGAAUUGAAGACACUCCCGACGCAAAACACAGUCAUCAUCAUCAACGGUGGUCUCUCGAUGGAGAAGUGUGAUGUUGCUGUCUUUGCCGAUUACGUGGACGUCGCUCGCGCUCGUGGGAUCCCAUUCUACGCAUUCACCAUCGCCUGCGAGCUCGAGGAGCAUCUCACCCGCGUGCGGACGGCAAGCCGUUGGAUGCGGAUGCAGUUGACCAUUGCGGAGCUGUACAAUGUCUCCAGGAAAAACCGCGUGCUGGAUCCGACUGAUGAGAGCGUGGUCGGCCGUUUCGACAAAGUUGUCAAGUUGCGGCAUAGAGUAGUUGAUACGACGGAUCUGAGUGUGUAUGCGAGUUCCGAGCGGGUUCUGGGUGCCAUUGUAGCGGAACAGUAG